UUGCCCGCAAUGUCAUAUUGUGGUGUAGUUGAGAAAAGUAACGUUAGUAAAAAAGUGAUUUUUUUUGUUUUUUAACAUAAAUAUUACCAUUUGAUGGAUUGUACCCAUAGACUGUAUGCAUGUAUAUUUAUAUAUAAGUUAACUAGCAUGUUAGUUAGCAGUAAUUAGCCUGCGCCUAUGUUCAUGUUAACUAGCAUGUUGGUUAGCAGUAAUUAGCCUGCGCCUAUGUUCAUGUUAACUAGCAUGUUAGUUAGCAGUAAUUAGCCUGCGCCUAUGUUCAUGUUAACUAGCAUGUUAGUUAGCCAUCACCGGAAAACAGCUUCUAAUAGACUUUAUUGGUCUCCGUCCCGAGCAACGGGACCUGUUGGUCCAUUUCUUUAACUGUCUAUGUUUUAGGACAGCCAAUAGCGAGUUCCCUUCCUUCAGAGUUAGCUUCAUAGUUAGCUUUAACGUUAGCUGCCGAGUUAGCUUGAGAGUUAGCUUCAGCGUUAGCUUUAUAGUUAGCUUCAUAGUUAGCUUUAACGUUAGCUUCAGCGUUAGCUUUAUAGUUAGCUUUAACGUUAGCUUCAGAGUUAGCUUCAUAGUUACCUUGAGAGUUAGCUUCAGUGUUAGCUUUAUAGUUAGCUUCAUAGUUAGCUUGAGAGUUAGUUAGCAUCGUUUCUCUAGUUGCUCCUGUUUGUGAUUAUCUGUGAUUUGGCUUCAGCAUGGUGCAGAGCUGCUGUGCCCCGGGCUGCCAGAGCUAUCGGGGGAAAGAUAACGAGAAUAAAUCAUAUUAUAGGAUUCCUAAAGACCCCGAGAGAGGAAGCCAGUGGAUCGCCGCCAUAGGACGAGCUAGAAGCGGCCACGACGUCACGGAGCCGUGGAGGCCCGGAACCACUCUGGUCCAUGUCUGCAGCGACCACUUCAUAUCAGGGAGGAAGAGUAACCGCCCCGGGUCACCUGACUACGUCCCCUCGGUCUUUGCUGAUGCCCCCCCCACGGAGAAGACAAGAAGCAGGCUGCGGUUAGAUGUCUUCAACAGACUCCAGGAGACCAACGUCCCCAGGAUAGAGACAGCAGCAAAACCAUCAGCUGACGGUCCUCCUGCAGACCAGGGCCGGGAAUCAAACCUCCACCAAGGACUGUCUGUACCCCGCGAAAACCCAGCAACCCCCCCAUGUGACAGGGAACAUGGGGCCGAGCGCCGGCGGUCCGACCCUGGAGAGAAUUUAGAUCUCUGCUGCAGUCGGCUCUGCAACGUCAACCCGACUUCAGCCAGAAGAAGACGGACGUCGGCUUCAGAGAGUUUUUCCGAGGCGCUCUGGAAGCUUCUCUGGAGGCCUACAGCCGGUCCCGGGCUCGGUCAGCCCCCCCGCCGCCCUGCGGGUCCUGGGAGUACGACGUGGACCUGAAUGUGGACCCGGUGAAGGAGGAGGCGCUGCCCUGCGGGUCCAGGGAGUACGACGUGGACCUGAAUGUGGACCCGGUGAAGGAGGAGGCACUGCCCUGCGGGUCCAGGGAGUACGACGUGGACCAGAACCCGGCGCCCUGCGGGUCCAGGGAGUACACCGUGGACCUGAACCCGCCCUGGAAGU